GAAUAUCAAGUUAUAUAUUAUACAGACUAAAUAUGGGUAAAGGAAGAGCACCUUGUUGUGAUAAAAGUAAGGUGAAGAAAGGGCCAUGGACUCCUGCUGAAGAUUUGAAGCUUAUUUCUUUCAUCCAAAAAAAUGGCCAUGGCAACUGGCGAUCCCUCCCCAAACAAGCUGGGUUACUGAGGUGUGGAAAGAGUUGCCGUUUGAGGUGGAUUAACUACUUGAGACCUGACGUAAAGCGAGGAAAUUUCACUCCAGAAGAAGAGAACACCAUAAUAAAGCUACAUGACUCUUUGGGGAACAGGUGGUCAAAGAUUGCGUCUUAUUUGCCUGGAAGAACUGAUAACGAGAUUAAAAAUGUGUGGAAUACUCAUUUAAAGAAAAGAGUAGGGACAUUGAACAAAGAUAUCAAGAUCAAUACUACUACUACACAAGAAGAAUUUGAAACCAACAAUAAGGACCAAUACAUAGAUGUUGCUACUAGUUUAAUUGAGGAAGCCACAGCAUCUGCAGCAGGUUCUUGUUCUCCAACUUCUUCCUAUGGAUCAUUAAACCUCUGCAACUUGAGUACUGAUCACGUUCGCGCAGCAGAGGCUCGCGACAACCAAGAUCAGGUGAUUAAUGAAAUACCAUCAGAUUCAGCAGGGGCAGAUAUUGAUUUUUGGGACAUGUUGGAUACUGAUUUGAGUCCUGAUUUAGACUACUCAAAAGUACUGGACAUGUACAGCAGCAAUCACUCUGAUCAGUCUCAGCUGCAGGCGCCUCAUUAUACAAAUGAAAGCUCGUCAGAUCAAUAUGAUGAAUGCCAAAAGUGGUUGAGAUACUUGGAAAUUGAACUUGGACUAACUCAAACUAGUACUACUACAUAUACUGGAGCUAAUUAUUAUGAAUGUUGCGACGGUUUUACCUCGCAAGACCAAAAUAACACCAUGCAAGUUUAGUCUUUACAGCAAGGCCUUUUUCACCUCCAUUUACACAUCAAUAGUAUCUAUUUACUCCUACUAUACUAAUUAGCUAGCCCAGGUAAUACAAAGACUGGAUAGUAGUAGUAAUAUUUUGCAUCUAGACCUAAGACUCGCUUGUCUUCUUACCUAGAAAUAAAGGGAUGCUUGUUAAUCCACACUAGUUACUGGCAGCUCAGUUCAGUCAUCUUGUUGUUAUUUAAAGGGGAUAAUGAAUAAAAUCCUCCUGAACUAUACCCGAAGUUGCUACAACACACCUUACCUUUGAUGUCGUAGCAACUUCGAAAAUAGUGCAGGGAGGAUUUUAACAUAUAGUGGUACAUAUGGUGCAUGAGUCACACGAUUGAGUAGUUCAAUUAGACUCAUCACACCACUCAUGGUCUUCUAAGUGUAAUACUUUAAGAUUUAAGCACUUAGACUUGAGAGUUGA